AUGGAGAAGAAGAGAAGAAUUAUCAAACUUGACCAUCAGGAUUCGAAAUCGGAACUUCAAGUCGAGGGAUUUAAAGAAGAUAGGAUAAGUGAAUUGCCGGAUUCAGUACUUUGUCACAUAUUUUCGUUCCUUCCGACUUUAUAUGUGGUGUGGACCACCGUUUUGUCUACGAGAUGGAACAACUUAUGGAUUUCUGUUCCGAGCUUAGAUUUCAACCAGACGGAUUUCCCUGGACGCCGAGGAUGGCUUGCAUUGAGGACAUUUGUAGAUCGCGUGCUUUCAGUACGCGACUCAUCACACAUUGAUAGGUUCCAUCUUUUUUGUUGUUCUUUUGGAUUUGAAGAGAAAGAUUUCCAUCUUUUUGAUCCCUGGACAUUCACUGAGAACAGGAAUGAUGUUUUUAAACUUGACUUUUGUAUUGUUGCCGAUCAUCGUCUUCGGAAAUUAGAGUUGAGAUUGUCUCAAAGAAUCUUUAUUUACAAUACAAAGCUUGUUCUAGACUUGGUUUCAAAAUGUAGUAUUACUCCAGGUUGUUUCCCAAGUAGUCUCAAGUCCCUCAGUGACUUGAUGGGAUUUCUUAAUCUCAACUUUCCAUCAGUUGAAGAAGACAUGGUUAUAGAUGGCAGUUUUAAACAACCUUUCGAUUACUACAUCUCUAGAAAAGAACUAAAGACAUUGUUAACAAGUUUCAUCAUCCGAGAUAAUGAAGAACCACCCACCAUUUAUCUCAAUGCUCCAAAUCUCGAAAAUCUUGUCAUUCAGGGCCCGGCUAAAGAUUUGCCUAACUAUGUUUUGGAGAAUGUAUCUUCCUUGGUAAAAGCUGAGAUUGAUCUCCCUUUUGCAGAUUGUUUAAGUCCCCGGGGAAGUUUGUUGCUGAGUAGAAUAUCCGGUGUUGAAUAUCUGUCUCUUUCAGUUCCUUGUGAUCUUGUGGCAAGGUCUAUUCCUGUUUUUGAAAAUUUGAAGCGACUGAAGCUAUUUCAUCUUAGUAGCCUUGUCUGGUUAACGGAGUUUCUAAGGAGAUCACCUAAUCUAGAGUAUCUUGUUCUGAAUACUAGUCACCCCAAAUGGAGGGAUGCAGAGUAUAUACCAGGAUAUCUUAAUGAGAGAUAUGUUCAAGGAUUUGCGCCGUUCAAUCCACCACAAACUGUGCCUAAUUGCUUGUUGUCGCACCUCAAGACUAUCUCAUGGAGUGCUUUCAUGGGAGACAAGGAGGAGUGGGAAGCGGUGAAAUAUUUGUUUAAGCCCGGUGAAGUUCUCAGUAAAUUUACUAUUUCAGCUUAUGUACAGGUCACAAAAGAGGAAGCUAAGAAGUUGUGCAAAGAAAUUUUAACAUUUCGUAAGUGUUCAAAGACUUGUGUGGUUGAAGUUAUCUAG